AUGACUUCAGAUUUGUCGUUGACUAAAUGUCAAUGGAAGAAAACAUGUAAAAAGUCGGGGACUUUACCGUGUAACAAUGGAUGUAAACAACGAUACUGUCGAGAGCAUAUUGAACUUCAUCAUCGGGAACUAGAUGCUCAUAUUCAGCGUGUGUAUAGUGAACGAGACCGCCUAGUGCAAGAAAUGUAUUUUGAAAUGAACACCAGUACUGAAAGUAACCAAGCAUUUGAUACUAUUAAAAAAUGGGAACAAGAAAUGAUGAUGGUAAUAAAACAAGUGGCGGACAAAGCUCGUUUCGAUGUGCAAACGUUAAUUGAUAAGACUAAACUUAGCCUAAAAGAACGAUUCGAUCAUUUAACAGAAGACGUUCGUAAAGAAAGUGAAAAGAAUGUCCCGAUAGAGUACGAUAUUGAACGAUUGAGCAAGGCCGUUGAGCAACUAAAAAUGGAUCGUCAUAGUAACAAAGUAACGCCGGUAACAAUUCAAAUUCAGCAUCGAACGGUUGACUUUGAUGGCGUUUUUAAAAUGGAAACAGUAGAAAGCGAGCCUAUUCUGUUUGACAUACAUCAUGUUUUAACGAAUAACAAAUCUCAGAGGACGAAAACCGUUGAUAUUGGCCACGGUACCUCAAUGGUAGCUUCCGAUAAUAGUCUUCUGUAUUGGCAACAAACUCAGCUGUGUUUGGUCGAUCAAACGGGCUCAAAUAAAAAGAUUCUUUCAUGGAGACACAGUUAUAUCGAAGAUUUGUGUUGGUGUUCAAAACUAAAUCAAUUUUUCAUAUGGACGCGUGAUGGUGGUUAUUCUUUCGAUGAUUUGACAUUUGCGAUAGUAAAGAUCAAACAAAUUCCAAGAGCUAGUUUGAUUGGACAUAAUUGUUGUACAUGCGUUGGGAAUACACUCUUAUUGGUGAUUAAUCGUAAUAUUGAAUUAUGGAGGCCAUCACCAAAAUGGGUAUGCGAAAAAAAAUGGGUAAAUAUUGUUGAACAAAAGGAAAUAAUUCGAUGUAUUCGAUUAAAUGAAAAUGAUAUUGUAGCUAUGACUGUUGGAAGCACCAAAAUAAAAUAUCGUUUUGAACUACGUCAUUUAUCAUCAAUGAUAGUCACAAAAUACCUUGAAUUGAACGUCGCACUUUUCUCUACGAACAUCGUACUAUUACCAAACGAUGAGUGGUUAUUGCUCGUUCAACAGAGUGAAUCAACAACAAAAUUGAUGGUAAUCGAUAAACAAUGUCAGAUUCGACAACAAAUGGAUUCUAACGAACAUCGAGUAGCAAAUGUCGCAUUAAUUAAUCAUCGUAUUUUAAUCAUACGCACAAAAGAACCGAAUCAACUUCAUUUUCAUUAUUUAAACUAA